AUGGAAAACAAAACAUUUACACUCGAGUUCCACAUUUUGCCUUUUUUUUUAAAAACUGACAAUAAAUUGUUCAUAUUGAGCUCUGUCUUCUUUUUCUUAAUCUAUUUAUUUGGAAUGUUAAUGAACAUUGUAAUCAUUGCAGUGAUAUGUUUGAAUCUCCAUUUGCACACCCCGAUGUAUCUAUUUCUCUGGAACUUGUCCAUCAUUGAUAUGUGUUAUACUACUGUUACCAUUCCAAAACUUCUACACAUUUUACUUUCUGGAAAUAAUACAGUGUCAUUUACAGAAUGCUAUAUCCAGAUGUAUUUUUUCUUUAUAGCGGAUAGUGCUGAGGUCACAGUUAUAUUUAUAAUGGCGUAUGACCGAUAUGUUGCCAUUUGUUACCCUUUAGAUUAUCACCGUAUACUUCACAAGAAAAUCUGCAUAUUAUUAAUUGCAGUCAUCUGGAUUUGUGGUUGUGUAAAUUCAUCUUUACUGACAAGUUCCAUCUUAAAAUUGUCCUUCUGUUCUUCUGUCACCAUCCACCAGUUCUUCUGUGAUGCCAAAGCCCUGAUUAAUAUUUCCUGCAGUGGCACAGAAGUGUUUUACAUCAUCAUGUAUACAGACUGUUUUAUAUUUGGUCUCUGGCCAGUUCUGUGCAACCUGAUGUCAUAUAUAAAGAUUAUAAAGGUUAUAAUAGGCAUUAAAUCGAAAGUUGGACGAAAUAAAGCCUUCUCCACCUGCUCAUCCCACCUCACUGUCAUGGUCAUCUACUAUGGAUCAUGUACAUCUGUGUAUUUGAUACCAGCAUCAGACCACUACAACCUACUUGAACAGGUCUUAACAGUUUUUUACACCACAGUAGUUCCCGUGUUGAACCCUCUUAUAUACAGUCUACGAAACAAAGAAGUAAAGGGGUCCUUGAGAAAAUUAAUGGCUUAA